AUGUUGGGUAACCGUCGUAACUUAAUAUUUAGAGUCAGCAUUGUAUUCAACAUAGCUGUGCUAUUGUACGCAGCCAUGCAGUACUCUGGGAAUAGCGCCCCAGGAGUCGAAUGGAUGCCUAUUACUGUCGAUGGGUCAGAACGAAGUGCAGAACUUAGGUACCUAAAAGAAGAGGCGCGAAAUGAAAGUGAAACAAGAUCUUUGGACCCUAACUUACGCGAAGAAUCCACUUCUUUAAAAGCGGUUCCGUCGACAAUGUCCACGACAAACAAAACCGCAUCAAGUACCUCUAUAUACGCUUCUAUACCGGAUAUCGAAAAGAAAAUAAGUGCAGUGCCCUCCGAAGCAGACAUAACAAACGAAACACUCGACAUAGUUGAUGAGAAUGCUUUAUCUGAGUCGACUUUGUUACGUCUCCGAUCUCUGCUUGUUUGUAACGAGAGAGAUUUUCUUCCUCAAACUAUACAACGCGGAGAAUUUUGGGUGUUAAAAAAUUACGUGCGUGCUGACCAUGGUACUGUGUUAUGCCAUGAGACGAUCACUUAUACGACACAUGCCGGUUUCGAGUUCCUGGACAACGUACUUCCUCUAGUAGAAAGAUGGAUGGCACCAAUAAGUCUGGCCAUUCACGCGCCGGGCGCGGACAUGGCUCCAACGAUAAAUAGCAUCAGGUACCUCCGUGACUGUCUUGGCAAUGAUCUCGUGAGGCAAUACGUUACCUUCCACGUGUUUUUCGGCAAUAAACACAUACCUACGAACAUUCCGAUCCCCGAUACGUUCUUAGCGACGCCUUAUAACUGCACCGAGAACCCACCAUUCGUGGUGAAUGCCUCUACAACGUACAUGAAGCAGAAGGAUCUCUUGUACCCAGUGAACGUUGCCAGAAAUAUCGCCAGAGACGCUGCUCUAACACACUUUAUACUGCCAUCAGAUAUCGAAUUGUACCCAAGUCCCAACCUGAUACCUAGGUUUCUUAACAUGAUUGCAAGAAACGCACCACCCUUGAACAACUCUACUAGACCGAGAGUCUUCCCAAUAAGCAUAUUCGAAGUUGACGCCAAAGUAAAGGUGCCAUUAAAUAAGACCGUGCUCCAACAGAUGUUGAAGAAGAAAACAGCUAUACCUUUCCAUAAAUUUGUUUGUCCUAAUUGUCACAAUAUCCCACAAGGCCAACAAUGGAUGGCUGCAAAAGAAACAAAUCAAAUGGAUGUAUUUCACGUUGGCAAACGGCACGGCAAAUUCGUACACUGGGAGCCAAUUUUCAUCGGCACGCACCAAGAUCCGUAUUACGAUGAGCGACUCAGUUGGGAAGGAAAGAAAGAUAAAAUGACUCAGGGCUACAUUCUCUGCGUCAAAGACUACGAUUUUAUGAUUCUGAAUAAUGCCUUCCUUACACACAAGCCGGGGAUCAAACGUUACGUGAGGAACGCGAAAAGAGACGGGAUCGCGGCUCGGCAGUCCGCCUACGUUAAAAAUAUUAUCAUGCCCGAGCUCAAGAAACUCUACGGAACCAAAAGCGGAUGCGCACUGUGA